CUCGCAUCCCCCGCCCCCCCGGUGAAGGCUGCUCUCCCCCGGCCAGGGCGGGGGCGGGGGCGGGGGGAACGGGAGGUUCCCAUGUGACUAGGCACCGGGCCAGGCUCCGGGCUCCUCCGGCACGUUACUCCGCAGCCCAGCCCGGGACGCGGCCGGACGGGCUCUCCCGGGCGGCUUAGGAUGCUCCGCACCCAAGCGGCCCCCCGCCGCUUAGCCGCGCUGCUGGAGAGCCAGAGUGGGCAGGGCCGCGCCAUGUAGCGCCCACGGGAGCCACGGGCAUGGAGCUGAUCACGGCGGAGUCCCCGGCCCAGCUGGUCCGGCUCUACCGUGAGUAUCACAACAACGAGCUGAUCUCACUGCAUUACAACUACACGGGGAAGCUGCAGGCCAGCAGCAAGUACAAGGGCGGCCUGAAGGCUGAUGCGCUGGUGUUCCUGGCCGUCUGCGCCCUCAUCGUGCUGGAGAACCUGGUGGUGCUGCUGGCCAUCUGGAGGAACAAGAAGUUCCACUCGCCCAUGUUCUACCUGCUGGGCAACCUGACCCUGUCGGACCUGCUGGCCGGCCUGGCCUACACGGCCAAUAUCGCCAUGUCGGGCGCCAACACCCUCCAGCUCACCCCGCUGUUGUGGUUCCUCCGGGAGGGGGGCGUCUUCAUCACGCUGGCCGCCUCUGUCUUCAGCCUGCUGGCCAUCGCCAUCGAGCGGCACAUCACCAUGAGCCGCAUGAAGCUGUACCAUGGCGACAAGAAGGGCCGCAUGUUCCUGCUGGUGGGGGCCACCUGGGUGGCUUCAGUGCUGCUGGGGGUGCUGCCCAUCAUGGGCUGGAACUGCCUAGACAGCCUGGCUGUCUGCUCCACCGUCCUGCCGCUCUUCUCCAAGAGCUACAUCCUCUUCUGCAUCACCGUCUUCCUGGCCAUCCUGGUGUCCAUCACGGUGCUCUACGCCCGCGUCUUCCGCAUGGUCAAGGGCCACAGCCCACGGCUGGGCAGCCUGCGCAAAGGGAUGCUGAAGCGCUCGCAGAAGUACAUGGCCCUGCUCAAGACGGUCACCAUCGUGGUGGGGACGUUUGUGGCCUGCUGGCUGCCCCUCUUUCUGCUGCUGCUGCUGGACGUGUGGUGCCAGGCUCAGGCCUGCGGCGUACUCUACAAGGCCGACUACUUCCUCGGCUUGGCCAUGAUCAACUCCCUGCUCAACCCCAUCAUCUACACGCUGACCAGCAAGGACAUGCGCCGGGCCAUCCUCAAGCUGCUGUGCUGCCUGCAGCUGGGGCCGGCCGAGGAUGGCCUGGCCCAGCGCUUCGGGAUCCCCAUCCUGGAGUGCAGCACCAGCAAGUCAGAGCGCUCGUCCCACCGGCCCGAGGGGCUCGAUACCAGCCUGUCCACGGGCAACGGGACGCCCACCCCCGUCAAGGUGCUGGUGCCCAGCGCCGGGGACUGA